AUGAUGUACUCUGACCAAUCGAUGGCGCAAUUUUUCAACGAAACAGAACUUCGCAAGGCAAUUGACAGAUAUGAUGUGAGCAUGUCGUUCAAGCCAGCCAUCCAGAAAAAGAAACGAUGGGAUCUCUGGGGAGGGCUUUAUUAUGCCGGAACCAUCUACACAACAAUAGGUUAUGGAGAUUUGGCAGCUGUAACGUUUUGGGGUCGUAUAUUCACGAUGAUUUACGCGAUUAUCGGUAUACCGAUGGUUAUCACGAUCCUGAACGAUUGGGGUACAAUCAUGUUUCACACUGCGAACAGGAUAUGGAAAAGGCUUCCAUCGUACUCGGCUAUUUUUCAGUAUCUGAAGAAGACUUUCAAACGCAAGCAACGUCAGGGAUCAGAAGGAGGUUUGCUGCUUUAG